AGGUAGGUAAAAGGAAAAGGGAAGAGGAGGAGGAGGAGAGAGAUGAGCGUGUUCGGAGGAGAUAACUGGGCAAGAGAAGCGCAGCAGAGGAAGAGAAGGGUGGAGGAUGUGGUGGCAGAUGGACUCGAUGCUUCUUCCUACAAGAAGCUCUCCAAUGGCAAGUUUGCCUGUCUUCUCUGCUCCCACUCUCCCGUCCUCGACUCUCCUCUCAUGCUCUCUGUUAGUCACCAAUCUCUCCCUCUCUCUCUCUACCUAUAUGCAUUGCAAGGGAUCACGCCACCGUGCCGCUGAGUCCAGGCUGAAAGAAAGAGAACUAGCAAGACAAAAUGAGAUGAACAAGAGAAUAGCAUUGUCAGACUCCUCUGGUGGCACUGCUAAAUCUAGGACCUGCAACCAAAAAUUUGAAUCAGGAAGUAAACCAUUAAUUGAACAGGUGUUGAGGGCUGCUUCUGGAAUAUUCACCCACAGAGAUUCUCCAGAGGAGCUCAAAAGCCGUGAUUUGGAAUCAAAUGUGAGUCAUGUUACAUGCAGGGCUUCUGAUUUGAAUGCAAAAAGCUUAUUUGCUGAUAUGGAAGUAUCCAACAAGGUGGUUGCACAGCAGCAUUUGGAUUACCAGGAACGUCGAGAAAGAGAACUUAAAUUUACUGCUGCAGGAUGGAAGCGUGAUUGUUAUGGGAAAUGGUACAAAGAUGAAAAUGUUGAGUUUGACUCUGAUGAAGAAGAUCCAAAUAUUUGUCUUGGUUGACAAUCCUGACUAUGACAAUACUGGAAGACUAUUCUACUUUAACAAUUUGGCAUCCAAACUGAGUGCUUUACUCAACAACUUCUACAGAGACUUGGCAUCCAUAUCAAACUUCACAAAGUGGCCAUAUUUACGGCAUUGAGUAAAUUUUUGAUGGGGCAUUAUUGAAACUUGCUGGAUUUUGGUGUCAUAAAUUGUGCUUUGGAGGUGUAGACUGUGUAUUGGAUGCAUAUAACUUCAACUGUGUCAGGCUGUGGCGAAUAUUAUUUGAAACUGUAAACACGAAGCCAUUUGCACCAGUUUAAGCAUUUUAGUAUCUAUUGUAAAUUGUGUUUUAAAAUGGUUUAAAAUGGUGUUGGUAUUAUCAGUAUUGCAUGGUUCUCAAACUCUCCCUGUUGUAUAGUGUUGAUUAAAGUAAAAUGAUAAUUGGCUCUUUCGGUUUUUGCAA